UGUAAACAUUAAGAUGGAAGGCUGUGUCUUGACUACUUGCAUUUGCACUUGUCCCUGAGUGAGAGAAAGAGAGAGAGAGCUCUAAUUAAGUUCCGUAAUUUAUCUCGUUCAGGUUACCGGCUUCUGAGUUCAAGAGGGACCUAGAGAGGAGAAUGGAAAUUCCGAAGGAAGUUCAAGCUGACGAGGUUGAAAUCUGGAAAUUCGGAUAUGACUUUGCCGACACUUUAGUCCUCCGAUGUGCCAUUGAGUUCGGUAUUGCAGACAUAAUCCAUAAGCAGGGAGAACCCUUGACGCUCUUUGAACUGGGGGCUCAAAUUCCUGUGCAACCAGUCAACACCGAUCACUUGCACAGGUUAAUGCGUUACAUGGUGCACAUGAAGAUCUUCACCAAGGAAACCCUAGGUGGCGAAGAACRAUAUGGGCUAUCUCCACACGGUAAGUUCCUUGUAAAAGGGUGGGACAAGAGCAUGGCGUCAGCCAUAUUAGCGAUCACUGACGAGGAUUUCUUUGCACCCUGGCACUGUCUCAAGGAUGUCUUGGCCGGCGAGGGGACAGCUUUUGAGAAGGCGUUAGGCAAGAGCAUAUGGGCAUACGUGGCUGAUCAUCCGGAGAAGAAUAAACUCUUCAAUGAAGUAAUGGCUUGUGAUACCAGUUUCAUCACAUCAGUCUUGAUUCAAGACUGUAAGGAUGUAUUCCAAGGAAUAAAGUCGGUGGUGGAUGUUGGUGGAGGCACUGGAACUGCCAUGAGAGACAUUGCCAAGGCCUUUCCCCACCUAAAAUGUACAAUUUAUGAUCUACCUCAUGUCAUUGCCGACUCACCUGAUUACCCUGAGGUCGACCGGAUUGCAGGCGACAUGUUCAAACACAUUCCUAGUGCCGAUGCCAUCUUAUUGAAGUGGAUCCUCCAUGAUUGGGAUGAUGGUGAAUGUAUUGAAAUUCUAAAGCGAUGCAAGGAAUCAGUGCCUAGAGAGGGUGGAAAAGUUAUCAUCGUCGACAUAGUACUAGAUCCGGAAUCUAAGGAUCCCUUAACAAAGGCUAGAUUAAGGUUGGAUUUGGACAUGAUGGUCUACACUGGAGGAAAAGAGAGGAGUGAGGCAGAAUGGAAGAAGCUUUUGAAUGCUGCAGGGUUCCCUGGAUAUAAGAUUUUACAUGUAGCUGCCGUUCAAUCUGUAAUUAUGGCCUAUCCUUAUUAGCCUUCUCUCUCUCUCCCCCCCCCCCGGUCCAGCUACUUGUCUUCUUCUUCAGUAUUAAUAAUAUUUACUUUUUGUUAGGUUGCACAUAUAUUAGUGUCAUAGGAUGGGUUCAAGUCUAAGAAUGACAAUUUUAUUAAAGAAAAAAAUACCAUAGAUAGGUUAGGUCUGUAUUCAGUUCCUUCUUCCACAUAGCUGCGACUAACAUUGGAUAAUGGCUUUCUUGACUAUCCAUUAUCAUAUCAAUCCAUACAAUUCCCACUACCUAUUACCAACUCCUACCCCUCAUCAUUCUGUGAGAUUGACCAUUGUGAGUUUUGAUUUACCAACGCUGAAUGAUUUUCUUGAAAAUUUUACUCAAUAAAAAAAUGGAUCAUAUUAAUUACUAUAUUUAUUUUUGGCAUUUUGGUUAAGGUUGUCAAAUGGGUCAGGCAGACCCUACAGACCCAAACUGAAUCUACACAAUUAUAU